CAGUGAGGUGGGACUGUCUGGGCUAUUAAGUGUACACACACAAUCUCCAUAUAGAAUACUUAUUUUUGGUUUGUUAUCUGUACUUCCUGUGUGUUUGACCAAAGAUAAUGGUGAUGGGAAACCAUCGCACACGAUCAUAUCUGUGAUGUAAAAAAAAACUCCACUACCUAGAGAGGACGUCUGUACGGCACAGUAUAUGGGUUCUUAUGGUGGUUCCUUUUCAGCAUGGUAAAUAGUAAAUGGACUGCAUUUAUAUAGCGCUUUUAUCCAAAGCGCUUUACAAUUGAUGCCUCUCAUUCGCCAGAGCAGUUAGGGGUUAGGUGUCUUGCUCAAGGACACUUCGACAUGCCCAGGGCGGGGUUUGAACCGGCAACCCUCCGACUGCCAAACAAUCGGUCUUACCUCCUGAGUUACGUCGCAUGGGAACCGUGUGUGGUUUUAGGGUUGGUCCAGCCCAUCUGUGUACCAAGCACCAGCUAGCGGCGCUGCAGCACGGCUAGCCGUGGGGCGGGGUGCGACUCACCUGUCUCACCUGCAGCCUUGCGCGGGCAGGGGCAAAAAUGCUGACGGCCACUGGGUUCGGAGCGACGCCCCUCCCAUUUUGUUUUUCCUUUCAGCACCAUUUCCUGGGUGCCUGCAGCUGUGAAAGCAGAGAAGACCAGAGAGAAAAGGAUGGAUGAGGUGGAGAAGUACCAGCAGCGGCUGCAGGCCAUUUCAGAGAAGAGGCGACUCCAGGAAGAACAGGAACAAAUGAAGAGAGAGGUGGAGGAAGAGAGACUAAAACUGCAACAGCUCAAGAGGAAGUCGCUGAGGGACCAGUGGUUGAUGAACGCUCUUCCCUCGGCCCCAGAUGGCCGUGGGGCAGACUCUCCUCUCCAGGAGCCACAGGCCCAGGAGCCUGAAGAGCAGCAGAGAGACGCGCUGCAGACAGAGGACUCACAGCUAGCUGAAGCAGAGCUGAAGGAUCUGGAAGUUGGACACAGACAGACCCACACGGACAGGGACCCGCAGGACGCUGGCCAGUUAAGAGUGGAGACAGCAGGGGGCGACAUCGAGCACCUGGAGUGCUGGACACGGGAGGGUGCGGAAGGUCCGUGGCCAGACCUCCACACUCAGACGGCCCCCCUCAAAAACGGACAAGAGGGGAGAUCAGUUCUGGGGGUCGUGGAGCUGCAGGUGGAGAGAGACCUGAAGACGGGGGCCACAGUUAUCCUGUCUGUGGCCCCUGUGGCCCCGGGACAGACGGGGGCCCCAGGAGAGACUGUGUUUGAUGAUGGGUGCCGGAGCGUGCAGGCGGUGGGGGGAGUGGGGGCCACGCCCAGCCCGGAGGAGCUGGGGCAGAUCCUGGACGUCCUGAAGGGGGCGGGGCUGCAGGCACUGCUGGGAGAGACACAGCUCAUCCCCAAUGGGAGAGAGGAGCGGGAGGAGCAGGAGGUUCAAGACACCCGUGCGGAGGAGAAUGGGCUUGAGGUGGACACCGAUGCAGGUGGUAAUAUUACCCACAGUGCAUUGCAGCAGGAAGUCAUGUACCACACUAGUGGCCCCCCAGAGAAGUGGGAGGGACACCAGCUGGGAGGGGAAGGGCUGGACACGGAGGCUGAGGGGUCGGGAGACCCGGUUACCAUGACCACAGAGGCUGAGGGGUCGGGAGACCCGGUUACCAUGACCACGGAGGCUGAGGGGUGGGGAGGUCCCGUUACCAUGACCACAGAGGCUGAGGGGUUGGGAGACCCGGUUACCAUGACCACGGAGGCUGAGGGGUGGGGAGACCCGGUUACCAUGACCACAGAGGCUGAGGGGUGGGGAGACCCGGUUACCAUGACCACGGAGGCUGAGGGGUGGGGAUGCCCGGUUACCAUGACGUUCCUGGGCUUCGCAGAGGCAGAGCCCGGGGAGGAGGGUACGGGGGAGAUCAUACACGCCGAGCGCGUGAUCAUAACAGACGAGGGAGACGAGCCGCCAUCGGGGGGCGCUGAAAACCCCUCGGUCCCGCCCACCAGCACCCCCACCCCAGAGGAGUCCGCUGUAAUCCCAGCCCGGGCCGAACGAGCCCCUGAAGCCAGCGCCGUGCCCGAUUCCGAGCCCCCGGGGGAGGACACGCCCGCAUCUGAGGGCGGGGCGGAGACUGAAGAGAGAGGAGCGAGGACUGAAGAGGGCGGGGCGGAGACUGAAGAGGGCGGGGCGGAGAGCGAAGAAGGCGGGGCUCUGGAGCCGACAGCCCUGCAGCAGCAGGUUCAGGGUCGGGAGGGGCGGCUUCCGGAAGAUUCCACGCUCCAGAUCACAGCGGACUCCUCCCACGUGCCCCUGGCUGUGACGGCACAGGCUCCGCCCCCAGCCAACGCCCAGGGGGAGGGCAAGGCUGAGGCGGAGGCCCAGGCAGAGCUGCCCCGGGCUGCCUCAGUGGGCGCGGCAGGGGGAGGGGCCCGGCCCCAGGGGGAGGGGACGGGCGAGUCUGAGGCGCAGCCCCUGCCACAUGCGGCGGGACAGCAGAUACCCGCCACGCCCGCCGAGCUCCAGCCCCUGGUGCCCCUCCCCAAAGACAGCCUCAGCCCAGGCGAGGGAGGGGAGCCCCCCAAACACAAGUCCUGCCAGUGCUGCUCGGUCAUGUGAUUCACUCCCCAGCACUGACCGACUGACUCACACUCUCUCUCUCUCUCGCUCACGCUCUCCUGCUUGCUCCUUUGAAAAGUCGAGAGGCACAAUGCUUUAUUCAGUUUGUUUCAAGAAAAAGGCCAUUUUUACCCUCAGUCAAAAUCUCAAGAUCUCUUUUUCUCCUUUUCUCUCACUCUUUCUGCAUCCUUCCAUCUCUCCUUCGCUUUCUUGGUCCAAGGAGGAGUGCAGCAGAUCAUCACCGCUCAGUCUGGUCCUAAUGACCGUGUCCAGCACGCGCUCCUCUAUAGUCCCGUAGAGGAAUUUUUGAACUUUCAUCAAGACAAAAUUCUAUCUUUAUCAUUCCUAAAAACCACACCGAAAAAAAGUUUUUCCAGUUUUUUCUUUUUACAAUUAAAAGCACUUGAAAAAACUUGGAAUCAGAACACAAAUCAAGCCUGGGCUGCAGUGCACAGAACUCCACUGCUCUUAUCUGGGAUGCGCUUUGGUGGAACUCCUGCAUAAAACAUCAGGCUUUUGGUUGUCACAGUAACAGCAUUAAAACAAACAUCUUUACUGCUUGGGACUAUUUUAAGCGCAAGACUGUUACAAAGCCCGUGUGAAGCAUGGACCAAUCAUCCCACUCCACCUGCUGGACACAACGAGAAACUGCAGCCAGCCUUUUCAUUGCCAGGAAAUCCCCUUUCUUUUUCAACCAAUUAUUCUUUUGAUGUUGAAGUUCAAGUAGAACCAAAAAGGACACCUGGAAGCCACGAUGCUCUCAGGUGGCAACAACCUUUGUAUUAUUAUAUAAUAAGUAUCCAGAUCUGGAGAGACGUGCACUCAUUUGUAAGUUUUU